GCGCUCGUAGCACGUAGACGACGUCACUCGACACGAUGACGUUCAGAUGUUUCGCGCGAGCCGACGAAGUGACGUGCGUGAGAGAGCGGGUGUUGCGGUGAGAGGAGCGACGCUUGAAAACGGGCUGCGACAGAAAAUCGCUUUCAGUAGCGGGACGCGCUCCGUAUCGGAUGGGUGGGUAGUCCUCGUUGUUGUUCUCGCGCUCGAGUGCACGCGGAACGCGUAGAGAACGAUCGAGUGAAUGAACGAGUACGCGUACGACGACACGUCGCGACAAAACGCGAUGCGCUUGUUUUACCACACUGUCGGCAAGAGCGACGAGUGAUUGAUCGGCGCGCACUGCAGCAGCAGCAGCAGCAACAACAAUAACGACACGCCAGUAGCGAGCAGCCGUGACUUUCAACAUGUCCAUGAAGAAGGAAUCGCCUUGGGACGUGGAGUUGCACUUAGCGGCGGCACGUGGGGAUGCUAAACGCCUUCGCGUCUUGCUGGACUCCGGACGCGUCCACGUUGAUUGCAAGGAUAAGGAUGGCACGACACCCUUGAUACUAGCUGCCGCCGCCGGCCACAUCGACGCCGUGACCGAGUUACUACACCAAGGAGCAGACCCGAACGCCAAAAGGCUGACCGGGACAACGGCUUUGUUCUUCGCCGCUCAGGGUGGCUACAUGGACAUCGCAAGUCUGCUUUUGGAGCACGGCGCGAUCGUCGACUCGUGCAGCAUAGACGGCGGCACGCCGCUCUUCGUCGCAUGCCAGUACGGUCAUCUAGACGUCGUGGAGGGUUUAAUAGAGAGAGGCGCCAGUCCGAACGCACACAUGAAAGAUGGCGCCACAGCGUUGUUCAUCGCCGCCCAGAACGGUCACCUCCGUAUCUUGGAAGUCCUGCUGGAACACGGGGCGAAAACCGAUGCGGCGAGAACAGACGGCGCUACGCCUUUGUGGAUUGCGGCACAAAUGGGACACGAUCACGUCGUGAGGAGGCUGCUGAAAGCCGGUGCGAAAGUUGACGCUACUAGACACGACGGCGCGACCCCGCUUUUCAAAGCCGCCCACAAGGGUCAUACUGCCGUCAUCGGCGAGCUGCUCAAGUAUCGUCCUUCGCUCGGCGUGCUUCCGAAUGGCGAAAGUGCACUGCAUGCCGCAGCCUUAACGGGACACAUGACAGUCGCAAGACAGCUUGUAGGAGCGGGGGCUGAUCCUUUACUCGUAAAUCAGGAAGGCAUUACACCGUUACAGUUGGCCGUCAGGCACUCACAGACGCAGGUCGCCAAUUAUCUUAAGGAUAAAGUGAGAGUGCGAACUGCAUCCUGUUAGCGAUAUUUGUUUUCUCUAUCUUAACAUUAUCAUAUCAGGAAUCUCGAGUCAUUGUUCAACAAAUCUGAUUCGGAAAUCAGUAUUUCUAAGGAGGAUGUGUAGUAAAAAUAUUUGUAGAACGGUAUAUACGAAAAGUAAUCCAAUCUUGAUAACGAUAAUUUUUAUUAGUUAUAAAACGAUCACAAAUAUACCUAGAAGAAAAAAGACCAAUAUUCAUGCUUUGAUAUACGAGUAGAGAGAAAUCGUUGAACUUCCAGGCACAUCAAAAUUAUUUUGUUAAAAUUUAAAAUUUUAUUUUGUUGAAAAUUUUGCGUUAUUUUAUCAUUAUUGAAAAAUAUUAUCAGAAAGGAGAUUUAAAAUAUAUUAUUUUUUACUAAAUAAUAAAAUUCUUAUAUAUUAAAAUUGAUUAAUAAGAUUGACAUCAAUAUUAGGAUAUUUUUUCGUACGCUACCAUAUAAGUGACAUGAAUAAUCACACUAAUCAUAUGAAAGAUGACAAUGAAGGGAAAUUUAACGAGUUCAUGUAGGAAGGUAUGAACAAGUCCGCGCGCUGAUAAGCGUACGCGUUAAUGACAGUCACAUAGAGACUGUAAGCAGAAAUCCGUCUUUACGAGAAUGUUUUAGGUGUGUACGUUUCAAUUGCAUUUUUUCGGCACUUGAUUCUUCGUUUUUUCUUUUGGUACAGCUUGAAUAUUUUACUUGUUUAGUUUUUCAAGUGCGGAAAGUGAUAACAAAUGCAAUUGGUACGAACAUACUUAUUGUUAUGUAUUGUACAUAAUCGUGAUAUCAUUCCGUUCUAUUGUAAAUCUCGGUAAAGAUAUUUUAAUAUGCAGUUUUCUACUAUAAAUACGAAUAUGGUUGGAACGUUGUGAACGUUGAAAAGUAGUAGGUCUAUUCCUUUCUAUUGUAUAUUCUAUAGUAUUACUGUACUACAGUAUUUAAAAAAAUAACAAAUUUUCGUAUUUUAUCAAUUCAACAAUAAUAAUAUGCAUGAAAAUACGAUGUUCAGCAGUCUAUAACUAUCGAGUAGAUAUUAUUAAUUGAUUUGUUAAACCUGACGAGUUCAUAAGACUGACUGAUUCGCCUUGGAAUAUAUAUUUCCUAUUGUUCUCUACUGUAUAUAAGUGUAAGGUAUAGAUCUUCUAUCUAUUCUACUAUACAUGUAAGGAAUGUACAAGUCAAUAUAUAGCACAUGUAGUUGUUUGAUCGCAACACAUUUUAUUUAACAUAAAGAAUUCAAUGCACAAUGUUUUGCGAAAAUUAUUGAGCGAUUCGUGUGACGUAUAAAAUAUUGCAUGUAUACAUACUGUCUGAAUAAUAUCAGAAAAUAAUCUUCGAAGUUAUAGAUUAUUUACAGGUGAUAUUUUACUUACAGCGAUAUUUAGCUUCAAUACGAUAUUCAAAUACUUUAUGAUAAUUUUAGCUUUCUAACAAAGUAAUAAGUACAUGUCUCGUCUUCCUAAUAUAAAGCACUCGUUCAUUAGGUGUAGUUAAUUGUUAUUGUUAAUAAAAAUGCGCGGAAGAAACUAAUAAAGAAUUUGAUGCAAAAGACAAAGCUAAUAAUAUAUACAGUUAUACGUUGCAAAUAUAUUCCGUUAUGAAAUAA